AUGUUGGAAAAUGCUGUGAAGUUCAUUAAAGUUUUUGAUCAGAUGGAAGAAGAAGAUGAAGAUUACAAUGAAUACUUUAAAAAGAAAGUUGAAGAAGAACCUCCUAGUCCAUAUGAUUGGGGUGUUGCAAAAGAGUUUAUAGUCUUUUUGAAGCUAUUUUACUCCACGACAUUGAAGUUUUCUGCAUCAAAUUUUGUGACAUCUAACACAUGUUUCCAGCAAAUAGUUGCAAUACAAACCAAGCUUAAGACAAGUACAACUAAUUCUAGUGCUCUAUUGGGUGACAUGGUGAGAAGAAUGCAAAGUAAGUUAGAUAAAUACUGGGGUAAGGCAGAUAGCAUGAAUCCAUUGUUGGUGAUAGCAGUGAUAUUAGACCCUAGAUAUAAAUUUAAAUAUGUCCAAGUUGCUUUGGAAAAUAUGUAUUCUGAGCCUAUACAACGUGAGCUAGUUACAAAAAAUAUCAUGGAUGUCUUAUAUAGCUUAUAUGGUGAAUAUUCAAAGGAUGUCUUUGAUAGUAAAGCUUCUCAAUCUCAAGCAAGAUCAGAACACGAUGAUGACAAUGUUGGGGAGAAUCAAGAUUCAAUUCCCGAUGAUGAUGUUUUGGCAGUCAUGGAUGAUGAAACAAUGAAACAAUUCUAUACAAUUGCAACUUGGUGGAAAGUGAAUGCUUUCAAGUAUAAGGUCUUGAGUUUGAUUGCACGUGAUGUGUUGGCUUCACCUGUCUCUACUGUCUCUUCAGAAUCUGCUUUUAGUACGGGAGGUCAAGUACUGGAUACUUUUAAGAGCUCCCUCUCUGUAAAAAUGGUGGAGGCACUCAUUUGUGCUCAAAAGGAAGAAUCAGGGGCUCAACAUUCAACCAUCUCUAAUGAUUCUGAAGAUGACGACGACGAUGAUGACGACGAUCUAAUGCAAAAUUAA